UGCGGAGUGCUGCUUCCCCUUGUUUUUUCUGAUGGCCUGCACCUCCUUCCUCCUUCUCCUCCUCGUCACUCCCCCCAGCUCAGGCCUCCUCUGCUGCAUCCUCCCUUAUUCAUAGUACUUCUCACUCUGCCCUUCCUCCUCCCCUACUAUUCUUCUGUUGUUGCCACCCCAGCAGUUCUAUCAUCGUCGGCAGCAGCAGCAGGGACGAGAUAAGAUGGCGAGGAAGCGGCUGGUGUCCGAGCUCGACCUUCAGCCUGAUUCUUCUUACAACCCUGGUCGCCUGCCUCGCCGCGCUGCAACUGGCGCCUCCUCCACUUCCUCCGGGAAUCCGACGUGCUCAGGGGACUUUUCUGGCCAACCCUCCGUCCUGUUGAAUCCGCCUUCAACGCUGUCCGUCGAUGCCGCCCAACACAGCCCUGCUGCUUCCCUUUUGUUGCCUGCUACUACUACUGCUACUCAUAGUGCUCCUCUCUUUACAUCUUUGCCUCCUCCUGCUCUUCCUUCGCUGACCGUUUGUGGGUUCUCUGGCUUGCCUCUUUUUCCGCCCGAGACCCAUCGGAUUGCCUUGCCUGCUUCGAGAGCGGAGGGCCUUCAGCUUGUUGCUUCCUCUGUCGCCGGUGGUGGGGCCUCCGAUGACGCCGCAGCAGGCACGGAUUGGGUGGACGGGAUUAUACGUGAUAUAGUUUGUAGCUCCGCUGCCGGCGGGGAGGUUUCCAUCCCUCAGAUAGUAAACAGCGUCCGCGAGAUCGUGCACCCUUGCAACCCUGGCUUGGCGGCCCUCCUCGAGUUCCGCCUCCGGUCGCUCGUCUCCGACCCUUCACCGACCCAGUGUCUGCCCUCCCUCUCCGGGAGCCUAGCGCCAGAUCCCUCCGACAAGCGGCGAAGGGAUGCUAGUAUGGCCCCGCCGCUGCCGGAGACAGUGCCACCGGCCAACACGGCGUCAUAUUUGUCGUCCGCAGCAGCAGUUGCUGGCGUCGGAUGGGAAGAGCCAGCGAGUCGCCUCCAGGGUGCACAACAGAAGCCGCAGCCACCACCGCAAUCUCGACCUCCACGGAGCUCCAACUCCGCCUCCUCCGACGAGGCCACGGCUGCUGCUGCGGCCGAAUCCGCGGCAGCAGCCGCAGCCGCGAAGGAGAAGAGGGAAGAGCUGCAGCAGAGGAAGCAGGAGGCGGAGGGAUUACACUUGCUGACGCUCCUGCUCCAGUGUGCGGAGGCGGUGGCCGCCGACAAUCUGGACGAGGCCAGCCUUCUGCUGCUGGAGAUCUCGGAGCUGUCGACCCCCUUCGGCACGUCGGCGCAGCGCGUGGCGGCCUACUUCUCUGAAGCCAUGUCGGCCCGGUUGGUGAGCUCGUGCCUGGGCCUCUACUCGCCGCUCCGGACGGUGCCCCACCGCCAUCGCCUUGCCUCCGCCUUCCAGGUCUUCAACGGCAUUAGCCCCUUCGUCAAGUUCUCCCACUUUACGGCCAACCAGGUCAUCCAGGAGGCGUUCGAGCUGGAGGACCGCGUGCACAUCAUCGACUUCGACAUCAUGCAAGGACUCCAGUGGCCGGGCCUCUUCCACAUCCUGGCCUCUCGCCCUAACGGCCCGCCGCAAGUGCGCCUUACCGGCGUCGGCUCCUCCAUGGAAGCACUCGAGGCCACCGGCAAGCGCCUCUCCGACUUCGCCGACACGCUAGGCCUCCCCUUUGAUUUCGUACCCGUCGUCGAGAAGGUCGGGAAUCUGAACCCCGAGCGCCUCGGCGUCUCUCGCCAAGAGGCCCUCGCCGUGCACUGGCUCCGCCAUUCACUGUACGACGUCACCGGCUCCGACACCAACACUCUCUGGCUUCUCCAGCGGUUGGCCCCCAAGGUUGUGACGAUGGUAGAGCAGGACCUCAGCCAAGCAGGUUCUUUCUUGGCCCGGUUCGUGGAAGCCAUCCACUACUACUCCGCCCUCUUCGACUCCCUCGGCGCCAGCUACGGCGAGGACAGCCAGGAGCGGCACAUCGUCGAGCAGCAGCUCCUCUCCCGCGAGAUACGCAACGUGCUCGCCGUGGGUGGCCCGGCGCGCACCGGCCAGGUCAAGUUCAGCAACUGGCGGGAGAAGCUGAGCCAGUCCGGCUUCCGAGGCGUCUCGCUUGCCGGCAACGCGGCAGCCCAGGCCACCCUCCUCCUUGGCAUGUUCCCGUCCGACGGCUACACUUUGGUCGAAGAAAAUGGCACGCUCAAGCUGGGGUGGAAGGACCUUUGCUUGCUUACAGCUUCAGCUUGGAGGCCAAUGAUUCAGCAUCCUUCAGCCACCUCCACCACCACUCAUCUCGUCGACAAUAGACGAAGCCGAUGGGAGCGGGUAGACUGCAUGUCUUAGAACUGUCAUUGGUGUCAGUGCCUUGAACGAGGUGAGGCGCGAGCUGGUAAUUUCCAACGAGAGGUCCUUUUCGCUCUUACACAGUAUAUCAGCCCCUCUUAGAUUCAGAUAUAGAGAGAGAGAGAGAGAGAGGAGGCGGUACAAGAAGAGA